AUGGAAGAUUCAAUGGACAUGGACAUGAGCCCCCUGAGGCCCCAGAACUAUCUUUUCGCUGUGGAGGAAGAUGCAGAGUCAGAAGAUGAAGAGGAGGAGGAUGUGACUCUCCUAAGUAUAUCUGGAAAGUGUUCUGCCCCUGGAAGUGGUAGCAAGUUUCCACAGAAAAAAGUAAAACUUGCUGCUGAUGAAGAUGACGAUGAUGAUGCAGAUGACUAUGAUGAUGACUUUGAUGAUGAGGAAGCUGAAGAAAAAGCUCCAGUAAAAAAAGCUCAAGAAUCCUUCAAAAAACAGGAAAAGACUGCUAAAACACGGAAAGGACCUAGCUCUGUAGAAGACAUUAAAGGAAAAAUGCAAGCAAGUAUAGAAAAAGGUGGUUCCCUUCCCAAAGUGGAAGCCACGUUCAUCAAUUAUGUGAAGAAUUGUUUCCAGAUGGCUAUUCAAGAUCUCUGGCAGUGGAGGAAGUCUCUUUAAGAAAAUAGUUUAAGGACUUCCCUGGUGGUACAGUGAUUAAGAAUCUGCCUGCCAAUGCAGGGGACACGGGUUCGAGCCCUGGUCUGGGAAGAUCCCACAUGCUGUGGAGCAACUGAGCCCAUGCGCCACAACUAUUGAGCCUGUGCUCUAGAGCCCGCAAGCCAUAACUACUGAGCCUGCGUGCCACAACUACUGAAGCCCGUGCGCCUAGAGCCCAUGCUCCACAACAAGAGAAGCCAUCACAAUGAGAAACGCACACACCGCAAUGAAGAGUAGCCCAUGCUCACAGCAACUAGAGAAAGCCCGCGCACAGCAACAAAGACCCAACGCAGCCAUAAAUAGAUAGAUAGAUAGAUAGAGAGAGAGAGAUAGAUAGAAAGAAAGAAAGAAAAUAGUUGAUAUCUGGCUGUCCUUUUUAUAAUGAAGAGUGAGAACUUUCC